UUUGCACCAUUUCUAUACUCACGUUUAUUGGUUCCAGCUCCUCUGUCCCUCUCACCCCUUUCGCUUUUUGCAACCCACCACCCACUCCCUCUUUUUCUCUCUACUCAAAAAAUGUUACUCUCCUUCUAACUCACCUUCUUCUACUUCUAGAUCUCUACAUUUUCUAGUUCGUGCGAGUUAAAUGGAGGUGUCGUCGGAGCAAUCUGGCGAAGAGGUGACACCGGAAACGCUACGGAGUCCUUCGAGUAAGAAUAUUCCAGAAGUUUCUAGAAGAGCUGCGAAAACCGCCGCGGAACCUGGCGGCUCGGUUUCCGCGAAGAGGAAAGUUGAACCGCGGAGCGGUUCGGGUACUGGUUCGGUUGCGGCGACGAGGAGAUCGGGUUCAAUAGGCGGUUCCGCGAGUGCGGUUUCUGCGCCGAGACGGAACAGCACCGGAGGAUUGCUUCAGAAGGCGUCGAUCUCCGAUGGAAGAAGAAAAACCGGCGGCGAUUCUGCCGCCGGAGCUAAGAGCGGCGCAUCGUCGGCGGCGGAACCUGCUCGGAGGUCGCUCCCGGAGCUCCGGCGAAUUUCUGUAGCUUCUUCGCGUGCCGGUGCUGCGGCGAAGCCGGCUGUGGCUUCUCCUGCGGGCUCGGCUUCGAGGUCUGCCGGUGGGAGUAAGGUGGAGGUUGCGAAGAAGCCGGUGAGUAAGCCGGCAUUGUCGGCUUCGGUUUCGGCUUUGUCUGUUUCGAGAAGGAUUAGUUCUUCUUCGGUGGAUAGCACUGGGAGCAGUGGUGGUUCUGGUCGGAGGGCGGUUUCGAGGGUUUCGUCGCCGACGGUUUCGAGCGGGUUGAAGGCGGGGUCUCUGUCGACGUCGCAGGAUAGGACUUCUGCGCUGUCUGGGAGGAGGAGAGGGGGGACUCCUGAUAGCAGGGAUUCGAGGUUUAUUGUUCUUCCGCAGAUUGAGAUUAAGGCCAAUGAUGAUUUGAGACUGGAUCUUAGGGGACAUAGAGUUCGUAGUCUCAAUGCCAGUGGAUUAAACUUAUCCUCAAACUUAGAGUUUGUUUAUCUUCGAGACAAUCUCUUGUCUACAUUGGAAGGAGUAGAAAUAUUGACGAGAGUGAAGGUUCUUGAUUUGAGUUUUAACGAUUUUAAGGGGCCUGGAUUUGAGCCUCUUGAGAAUUGCAAAGUACUGCAGCAACUCUAUCUUGCUGGAAAUCAAAUCACAUCAUUGGCGAGUCUCCCUCAGCUUCCUAAUUUGGAGUUCCUCUCAGUAGCUCAGAAUAAGUUGAAAUCUCUCACUAUGGCAAGCCAACCUCGACUACAGGUCUUAGCUGCCAGCAAAAACAAAAUUUCUACUCUCAAGGGUUUCCCAUAUUUACCAGUUCUUGAGCAUUUGCGAGUGGAGGAAAAUCCUAUACUUAAGAUGCCUCAUUUGGAAGCAGCCUCAGUAUUGCUAGUUGGACCUACUUUGAAAAAAUACAAUGAUAGAGAUCUCUCUCGUGAGGAAGUGACACUAGCAAAGCGUUAUCCUGCACAUACAGCUUUGUGCAUUAGAGAUGGUUGGGAGUUCAGUCGCCCUGAGCAAGCUGCAGAUUCAACUUUCCGUUUUUUAGUUGAGAAAUGGAAGGAUUGUAUUCCUCCGGGUUUUUUUCUCAAAGAAGCCUUCAUAGAUAAACCUGUGGAAGAGGAUGUGUGUUGUUGUCAUUUCACAGUUGUUCAUGAUGGUGCAGCUAGUACAGACCCACCAUUAGUUUUAAAAUAUCAAUGGUUUUGUGGUGAUAUAUCACUUUCUAAUUUUGUCCCCAUUGCAGAUGCUACCAACGAGAUUUACUGGCCAAAGCAUGGUGACAUUGGAAAAGUUCUGAAAGUGGAAUGCACUCCCACUUUAGGAGAAAUGGAUUAUCCUCCUAUAUUUGCCAUUUCUUCCCGUGUUUCACGAGGGAAUGGAAUCCCAAAGGUUGUAAACCUUGAAGUGCACGGGGAACUGAAAGAAGGAAGUAUCAUCAGGGGUUGUGCUAAGGUUGCAUGGUGUGGUGGAACACCAGGAAAAGGUGUUGCUAGUUGGUUACGGAGAAAGUGGAACAGCAGCCCUGUGGUCAUCGUUGGGGCAGAAGAUGAAGAGUAUCAACUAGCUAUUGAUGAUGUUGAUUCAAGUUUAGUUUUCAUGUACACACCAGUAACAGAAGAAGGUGCCAAAGGAGAACCUCAAUACAAAUAUACAGAUUUUGUAAAAGCUGCUCCUCCUUCUGUCAGUAAUGUUAAAAUAGUUGGAGAGGCUGUUGAGGGAAGUACCGUCAAAGGAGUUGGGGAUUAUUUUGGUGGAAGGGAGGGCCCCAGCAAGUUUGAAUGGUUACGGGAGAACAGGGAUUCUAGAAGCUUUUUGUUAGUGUCAGCAGGUACAUCUGAGUAUACCUUGACCAAAGAGGAUGUUGGUUGUUGUUUGGCUUUUGUCUACAUUCCCAUUAAUUUUGAAGGUCAGGAAGGAAAAUCUAUGUCAGUAAUGUCUCCUGUUGUGAAACAAGCACCCCCUAAAGUAAUAAAUGUCAAAAUAAUUGGUGAACUACGAGAGAAUAGCAAGGUCACUGCAACUGGUAUUGUAACCGGAGGAACUGAAGGAUCUAGCAGAGUUCAGUGGUAUAAAACAUGUUCGUCAACUUUUGAUGAAAACAGUCUUGAAGCAUUAAGUACUUCCAAAAUUGCUAAAGCAUUCCGCAUACCUCUUGGAGCUGUUGGCUAUUACAUUGUGGCAAAAUUUACACCCAUGACUCCUGAUGGUGAUUCUGGUGAACCAGCAUUUGUAAUAUCUGAUAAAGCAGUUGAGACUCUUCCCCCAAGCUUGAAUUUCUUAUCUAUCAUUGGGGAUUACAGUGAAGAUGGAAUUUUGACAGCAUCGUAUGGAUAUGUUGGAGGUCAUGAAGGAAAAAGUAUAUACCGUUGGUAUAUUCAUGAGGUUGAGGGUGAUUCAGGUUCUUUGAUUCCAGGGGUUUCAGGACUGCAGUAUCGUAUUACCAAAGAAGCCAUUGGAAAAUUCAUCUCAUUCCAGUGUACUCCAGUGCGUGAUGAUGGUGUUGUAGGUGGACUAAGAAUUUGCACGGGCCAGGAGCGCAUUCGCCCUGGAAGCCCAAGAUUGUUUUCUUUACACAUAGUUGGAAGUGCUAUUGAAGGAACAAUUCUAAGAAUUGAAAAAAAGUAUUGGGGUGGUGAAGAGGGAGAUUCAAUUUACCGUUGGCUUAGGACUGGUUCUGAUGGCUCAAAAAAUGAAAUUGUGGGUGCCACCACUGCAACGUAUGUGCCCACAAUUGAUGACAUUGGCUCCUUUAUUUCUGUUUCAUUUGAACCUAUCCGGAGGGAUUGGGCUCGUGGACCCAUGGUUCUGUCUGAACAAAUUGGGCCUAUAAUACCUGGUCCCCCAACUUGUCGUUUGCUGGAAUUUGUUGGAUCAAUGAUAGAAGGGCAGCGCUUGAACUUUAAUGCUGUGUAUAGUGGGGGAGAGCAAGGAGAUUGUACCCAUGAGUGGUUUAGGGUAAAGGACAAUGGUGUACGAGAGAAAUUAAGUAGCAAUGACUUUUUGGAUUUGACUCUUGAGGAUGUUGGUACGUGCAUUGAAAUAAUCUAUACACCUGUACGCAAAGAUGGAAUCAGAGGCAACCCAAAGAGCAUAGUGUCUGAUCUGAUUUCUCCUUCGGAUCCUAAGGGAAUGGAUCUUGUAAUUCCUGACUGCUGUGAAGACAUAGAACUUAUACCUCUGAGAAAAUAUUUUGGUGGACAUGAAGGGGUUGGAGAGUAUAUUUGGUAUCGGACAAAUCAUAAACUUGAAGGAUCUGAACUACUAGAUAUAUCUAAUGCUUCUGAUGUUGUAAUAUGUGGGACAGAGCCAACAUAUAAACCAUUACUUAAAGAUGUUGGAGCUUACUUGGCUUUGUAUUGGGUGCCUACUCGUGCAGAUGGCAAAUGUGGGGAGCCAUUGAUUGCAAUUUGCAGUACCCCAGUUUCCCCUGCUCCUCCAGUAGUUUCUAAUGUACAUGUGAAAGAGUUGUCCUCGGGAAUUUAUUCUGGAGAAGGUGAAUAUUUUGGUGGACAUGAAGGAGAAAGUCUCUUUAGCUGGUAUAGAAAAAAUAACAAGGGGACCAUUGAACUGAUUAAUGGGGCAAAUUCUAAAAUCUACGAAGUUACUGAUUCAGAUUACAAUUAUCGUUUGUUGUUUGGAUAUACACCCGUUCGUUCAGAUUCAGUUGUGGGAGAACCCAUAUUAUCUGAUCCAACUAACAUUAUUUUUCCAGAGCUUCCAUAUGUGGAGAUGCUUGCUCUGACAGGAAAGGCAGUUGAAGGUGACGUACUUACAGCUGUUGAAGUGAUUCCAAAUAGUGAGACUCAACAACAUGUUUGGAGCAAGUACAAGAAAGAUAUAAGAUACCAAUGAUGUGAGUGUAUCGUAACUGAUGUGUUUGGAAGGUCAGGUGAGGCAGUAUGCAUUGAGACAACACCUGUAUUGCCAGGGAUUCCUAGAAUACACAAGCUGGAGAUUGAGGGAAGGGGAUUUCAUACCAAUCUCUAUGCUGUUCGUGGCAUUUACAGUGGUGGGAAGGAAGGGAAAAGUAGAGUUCAGUGGCUUAGAUCAAUGGUUGGAAGUCCUGACCUGAUCUCUAUACCAGGAGAAACAGGCAGAAUGUAUGAAGCGAAUGUUGAUGAUGUUGGCUAUAGGCUGGUGGCUAUCUAUACUCCUGUAAGAGAGGAUGGAGUAGAGGGACAAUCAAUUUCAGUAUCCACAGAGCCAAUUGCAGUUGAGCCUGAUGUUCUAAAAGAAGUGAAACAGAACCUUGAUCUUGGAUCAGUGAAGUUUGAGGUAUUGUGUGACAAAGACCAAAACUCAAAAAAGAUUUCAUCAGUGGGCACCUAUGAGAGACGAAUCCUUGAAAUUAACAGGAAAAGAGUCAAGGUGGUAAAGCCUGCCACUAAGACUUCUUUUCCAACUACAGAAAUUCGUGGUAGUUAUGCCCCUCCCUUUCAUGUGGAGCUUUUCAGGAAUGAUCAACACCGUCUAAAAAUUGUAGUGGACAGUGAUAAUGAAGCAGAUUUGAUGGUCCAGUCACGACACAUUCGGGAUGUAAUUGUUCUUGUGAUUCGAGGACUAGCUCAGCGAUUCAAUAGUACUUCCCUCAAUUCCCUUCUCAAGAUCGAGACAUAAAUUAUGUUACAUUGUAUAGUCAUAUUUGAUCUGGGAAACUUGGUUGUUGAGGCCAGUUUUCUCACAUUUUGCUUGUCCCGAGUGUAAGUGUUGCUACAUUGAUUGAACGGUUAUUAAUGCCAUUAAUCAUUGCAGGCCAUUGGUUGCUAGAUCAUUUAAAGAUUUUGCAUCUAGAUUUUCGUGCAUAUUUUGGAUGUCUUAAUGACACGCAAUUUAGUGAUACACGAACAGCGCUUAUUCUGUUGCGU